AUGUUUAGAAAUAAUUACGACGGUGAUACAGUCACUUUUUCUCCAACUGGUAGGUUAUUCCAAGUUGAAUAUGCUCUAGAAGCCAUCAAACAAGGCAGUGUGACCGUUGGUCUACGUUCUAAGAACUAUGCAGUUAUUACAGCUUUGAAGAGAAAUGCUGAUGAAUUGUCAUCAUAUCAAAAGAAAAUCAUUAGAUGUGACGAACAUUUAGGGUUGUCUCUAGCUGGUUUAGCUCCAGAUGCUCGUGUUUUAAGUAACUAUUUGAGACAGCAAUGUAAUUACUCGCAAUUAGUGUUUAAUAGAAAAUUGUCAGUUGAAAAAGCUGGUCAUUUGUUAUCUGAUAAGGCUCAGCAAAAUACUCAAUCUUACGGUGGCAGACCAUACGGUGUUGGUUUACUAAUAAUAGGCUAUGAUAACAGUGGUGCUCAUUUGCUGGAAUUUCAACCUUCAGGCAACACAUUAGAAGUUUACGGCUCAGCCAUCGGUGCUCGUUCACAAGGUGCUAAGACUUAUUUGGAAAGAGUGAUGGAUAAAUACAUUGAAAUUGAGGACCCAGAGGAAUUGAUAAAAACUUGUGUUGAAGCUUUGAGACAGUCACUUAAGGACGAAACAUUGACCACCGAUAACUUGUCUAUCGCAAUUGUGGGAAAAGAUAUCCCAUUCACACAAUAUGAUAAUGAAAAAGUCACACCGUACCUAUAA